AUGUCAAAUAAAUAUACUCAAUUAGAACUUGACCUUAUUUCUACUGAAACCAAUCUUCAACCAUUAAUACCCAGCAUAUCUAGUAGCUCAUCAGUCUCUAAAAAACAAAAAGUUCAUAGUAAGCUAUUUUCUGAGCAUCUAUUUUUAGAAGAAGAUCUUUCUCCUGAGCAUUCUAAUACAAAAACCCACCCAUCGAGAACAAAAGCUGCUGGGCUUAAAGAUGUUAAUCUUAUUUUAGAUGUUAAGACAUGGUGGAAUUCUACACAUAACAUGCUUGCAUGA